UUUCACGAACGAUUGACCCCUCGGAUGCCCAUAAAUAAGGGACUUCUGAUUCUCCAGGAACGGGUUGGCCCCACGGGCACCCCGGGGCAGCGAAGACCCUCGCGAUCACCACGCAGUCAAAGAAGUCGAAGUGCCGACGUAGACUGUCUAAAAAAAUACGCCGAAAGACGGGUCGAAGAGAGGAGACACACUGAGAUCGCCGACACAACCAAGCUGGACCCUUCAAAAUGGAUUCCCCUCCCCAGGAGCAUAUCGAAGAGUCAAAAUCCAAACCGAAAGCAGUCAAGCCAGGCGCAGAGCCAAGAGGAGACAGAAGACCCUAAGGCAGACUCCUCCAGAUGGAUCCCGAUAUUAUCCCGAAAAAUCUCCCCUAAGCAGGAAAGACGAGACUCUCGAGAGGCGCCAGAGAAGCAGGAACGUCCUGUGUCGAAACAACUAGCGGCCAGGAGCCAAAGCACGGAUGUAAAUUAUUGCAGAAAACCCGAACGGUGCAUAGAAGAGCGAAGGCACACCGACUUUGGAGAGGGAAUGGACAUGAAUGCAAAAUGGCUGAACGCCAGAGGCAAGGACGCUCGUUACGACGUCCUUCUUGCCAGGAAUAAGGCGAACCAGAACGAUGGGAGCAAAAAUGGAAGCACAAGGUGGAUGACGUUCACGAAGAACCCUUCGCCAUGCCCGAUGCCUAAGAGAAACCUAGAUAGGAAAACCUCCGUUGUGGAGAUCCAGAGAAGAGGAAGCGUGGUCGCAGUCACCAUGGGGGAACGUCUUCGAGAGACCAAAAUCGAGGACACGUCGGACUGGCAGCCAUCUAGAAAAUUUUCCUCCCAGACAUCCAGAGAGUCGGACAUGCCCAUGAUAGACGAGGACCAGCCUGUCGACCAGGACGGUCAGGGUCAGAAAAGCGAGAGGGAUGUUAAGGAUGUGCAGGAAGAUGGAGUAAAUCCAAAGGGAGCCGAGAACCAGGCGGAUGCGGACAAGGCCAGCAGCAUCGACCAGCGAAUCAAGGAACUUUAUGAUUUCAAAACGGAGAACGAGUGGCCGGUGAGGCUAAAUAGUCCUGCGGCUGCCAGAGAAAUCACCAGGGCGGAUAAGAAGACGAAGGAGGAGCGAUACGUCCCCAAGAGAAGGAACAGUCAGGACCUGGAAUUUAACGAUAGGAUGGGGAAGACCAAAGACUCGACUUCCUGCAGAAAGGACGAAAAGCUGGCGGCAGAAGAGGGGGACGUCUUCGAGGACGACAAGGACGAGCGGAUGAGGAGGUUCCACGAGAGGCUGAGAUUCAGCGAGGAUCUGGGAGAGAAAAGGGCUCAUGCAAGGGCCAGAAGGGUGCAUUCGGAUGACUACGACGAGAGACACAGGAUCUCACUAACCGAUGCCAGAAAAUGGAGCAACGAGGAAUCUUGCGAUAGUCCUGUUCACAGGGAGAGUAAAAGGAACUCCGACGUGAGCGCCAAGUCCAAGGACUCCAAGAUCAGCUACGCCGAGAUCGACUUCUCGAAGAGGAACUCCAGAACCAGCGAUAGCAGCUCCGCCAGCUAUGCCACGAUCAGUCAAGGAGCUAAACGUGGAAGCAUGGACUACAAGCCCACGAAACAAGUCGAACUUCCCCCUAGAAGAGCCUUUAGUCAGACCGAAGAGAGACCCUCCACCCCGAUCCCACCUAUCGAGUUCAACGACUCGCAUCCUGCAGAUAAAAUCAUCUCGAUGCGACACAAGGGCGACAACAGUACGCGGUACAAAGUCUACUUGACAUAGCCAAAAGA